AGCUUUGUGUGGCUGCAGGGGAAGGUAGUUGGACAGGUAGUAGGGCCCUUUUAAGGGCAGUUGGUGCCACCAAGACACCGGGGCUUGAAAACCGUCCUGGGCUUUGGAGCCAUGGCGCACGCACGCAUUCAGAAUGCGUUGAGUAAGCACCACUACAAUUUUCUCAAAAAGGUUGGAGAAGGUUCUUUUGGCGCGGCGAUUCUUUGCCAGCACGAUUCUGAAAAGGAACGAGACACCAAGGCAAUUGUAAAGAUGAUUGACAUCAGUCGUGCCAGCAAGCAAGAAAAGGACGAUGCCUUGAAAGAAAGCAAGGUGCUAGCGUCCUUGAAGCACCCUUACAUUGUGAGGUAUAGAGAGAGCUUCCAUGAGGACGGAUGGCUUUGUAUCGUCAUGGACUACUGUGAGGGUGGCGACCUGGCCGGAAAGAUUAAGAGCGCAAGGUCGUCUUCCAAAAUCUUUCCACAAGAUCAGGUCGUGCGAUGGUUUACUCAGGCUAUCUUGGCACUGAAGUAUAUCCAUGAUCUCCACAUUCUUCAUAGAGAUCUGAAGUCCGGGAACUUCUUCUUAUCCAAAAGUGGAAAUAUCAAAAUGGGCGACUUCGGCAUCGCCAAGGUGCUGGAGUGCACCGCAGCGUGUGCACAAACCCAGAUCGGCACGCCAUACUACCUUUCACCGGAGAUUUGUCAAGGCAAGAAUUAUGCCUGGAGCUCUGACAUUUGGAGUAUGGGCUGCAUCCUCUACGAGAUGUGUGCCAGGAAAGUGCCAUUUGAUGCACCAGACCUGAAAAGCUUGAUUCAUCGAAUCACUAAAGAACAGGCACCAGAGAUUCCUUCAGACUAUGGAGUUGGCGUAAGAAGUCUUGGGAAGGAGCUGUUGGACAGAGAUCCCAACAAAAGGCCACCGGCAGCUGAAAUUCUGAAGCGGCCUGUGAUUCAGGAGAUGGUGAGAAGGAUGCUAGAUGAAGUGAAAGGCGACGAGGAAGGCGAUAAACCAGUGCCACCUGCGCCACCAGCACCACCUCCAGCCGAUGGUGCUCCUGCAUCUGUGGCUGGACCCUAUGGUAGCUACGCUGGGAAAUACAGCAAGAACGAGCUGGUAGAGUACUACAGCGAGACGCACGGUGAAUGGCUCCCUGCGACAGUGACCGCGAGCAAUGAUGAUGGCCGCGUCCAGCUGAAUGUGAAACCAGGUGUAUGGAUCUCUUUGGAGAUUCAGGGUGCAAAAGUGCGGCCUCGGCAUACCGCGACUCCUGCGGCUCCGGCAGCUCCUGCGGAGCUCACAGCCGCCACCUGGAGCUAGCAGCCCGGCCAGCAAGCCAAAGGCACCCAGCGAGAAGAGGGAUUUGCAGCGACAACCCAGUCGAGAUGCAGUGGGAGUGCGAGAUGGCAGUCCUCGGCGCAACCCUAGUCAAGACCGUGGCAGGGGCCGAACGCCGCAGGGCCGGGCAGCGAGUCCGGCUGGUGCAGCUGGAAUGCCAUCCGCUCGCGGGAGCAGCAGGGGCAGAGGAUGAGCAGCGAAUCCUUUGUGGAGAGCUAGCCGCUAGCCUGUGCUGGAUGGGCUGCGUUCCAAAGAGAAGCUCCUGGCAACUAAGCCAGUGAACUUCAAGAUUGACAAGGCUUCUUGAAAGAAAGGAUGCUUGAAAUAGUUUUUCCUGCAAACUUUUGAGUUUCACAAUAUUUGGGGCAACAAACGGGCUUGGCAGACUGCUUCAAUCUGCAAAGCCUGACAUGGCACCCAUGCUCCAAUCGCUCCAUUCCAAUCUUUGUAACCGACCUUUGAGUGAUUCAGGUCAUAGGCUGCAGUAUCGCAGAUGAUCACG